AGAGGGCAGCGGUUUCUGCUCUGCACGUUCCCAGAACCCCAACAGGUUCCAGCAGAGAACUCGCCGGGUUUAUGAAAACAAAAAAGAGGAGACGCCGAGGGAGUGUGAGCACCGUCUGCAGCUAAAUGUGUCCCUGAAAGAGCCGAAACCAUGAGGCUUCCAGCAGAGAUCCUGUGGCUCCUCUUAGGGACUGUGUGUGUAGCCCAAGACUGUCAAGGGCCUCCCCCCAGGAAGCACACGGAGAUCCUGACAGGUUCCUGGUCCGAACAAGACUACUCAGAGGGCACCAAGGCCACGUACAAAUGCCGCCCGGGGUAUAGAACUUACGGCAGCAUCACCGUGGAGUGCAGGAGAGGCCAGUGGGUGGCCGUGAACCCAUCAAAAACAUGUCAGAAAAAGCCCUGUGGACACCCCGGGGACACUCCCUUUGGUUCAAUGGAACUUACAGUCGGAGAUAAAUUUGAGUACGGAGCCAGGGUAGUUUAUACCUGCAAUGAGGGGUAUCAGAUGAUAGGUAACAUUAAUUUCCGGGAAUGCGAAGCAGAUGGGUGGACCAAUGAUGUUCCUCUAUGUGACGGUACAUAAAAUACUAAGAUGUUUUUAAAUGUCUUCCAUUAAAAUAGCCUUAAAGCCUAUAGUGAAAUGUUUCUUAUGCAAAUUAUUAUUUAUGGUUCCUGAGGCAGCACAGAGUGUGUGUGUAACCUUUUUACUACCACAUUACUUUGCCUUUCCAUAGCCAAAUCUGAAUACAGCCUCAUCUGAGUUCAUAUUUAAAGCAUCGGAGCUUAGGAAAUCUGAAACGUGGCUUUCCUCUCCUCUUGGAGUCUAACCUCUAACGUGUCACUCAGCUCAGUUAGUGACAAGGUGCUCUCCCGGUGCAGGGCCUCGGAUGGCACCUGAGCCAUCGCUCCCGUCUCCUGACCUAGGGGGUCUCCCCGUGGUCUUCGUCCCCCUGGAAGGAGGCGAGAAGGAAGAGAGGGUG